AUGUCACGACGAUCAGCCCCUCAGCAUUUAUUUCAAUCCAACCUCUCCGUUGAUGGUGAGAGCCAUUUAGGAAACUGGACAGUCGCGUUAACUGAGAGUCGAGGGGUUGGUCGUGAGGUCGGCAUCGUCGGCAUUGAACGCGAGCUCAGCAGGGCCGUUAUUUCACAGCUGGCAGAUUCUCCGACAUAUGUCAAGAUCAUACAUUGGUUGCAUCAACGACCCCCUCGUGCCAUCCUCUUGGUCGCGCCUAGCCCAUCGAGUUCCCCGUCGAUUUUACAAAUCCUGCUAGAACACACAUUCCCCAACACACCUUUGACCUCACUACCGCGGUCUUCAUUUUCAUCAGAGAGAGGUCUAUCACUACUAAUCGAUUUGGGUUCGCCUGGUGCACAGAGCACGGCGACCAUAUCAGAAGUACGUCCUAAGUAUUAUGCGCUUGGAGCGGCCUCGGCAUUGAUCGACUGGAUGCAAGAUCAAGCUGGCCAAACGGGACAUCUCGGCUGGAGUAAAGGCUGUUUAAAUAUUGAAUGGAUCAGCAUCGAAGGUUCAAUGCUGAUAGACAAGAAUACCGCAGUCGAUCUGGAGCUCAUCACUAAUGCACUACGAAGUAACAUACUUGCGCCAUUGACUGACGUCGAAACCAUCGAAACCAGAUUGGACGCGGUUCAAGAAUUGGUAGAUCAAGAAGAUAUAUUUGUCUCUCUCCGAAAGGCACUCAAGCGACUAGCUCAGAUGGAUGUCGAUAAGAUGAUAGGCACUGUGGCUUUAUUCAGAACGAGUCGAAGUACCAGUAUAGCUUCGGAAGACCGUUCAGGGACCGUAUCCGGUUCAAGUAGGCGACAAGGGAGACAUGGUAUAUCCAGUUUUCAAGAUCCUUCCAUUGCAAUCACCCGAAAGUUAGAGAUGCUGCGUUCCUUGAGGAUAUUAUUAGAUUCUUUGGGUGCAAUUUGUGAAGCUCUUUCGCCAUGUUCCAGCAAACUGUUGAUCUUGGCAUCAGAGUUCUUGCGGGAUCCGGCACUGGAGGAGAUAUCUGAAGUGAUUCGCAAGACCGUGAACGAAGAUUCCUUCAUUGGGAUUCAAAAGGGGGGUAUGGCAAAGCAAAAUAUUCAUGCAUACGCUAUCAAAACGGACGACAACAAUCAACUAUUGGAUGUUGCUCGAGAAAUGUACAAGGAAAAUAUAUCAGACGCAAUUGCUUUACAGGAAGAGCUGCGUUCAACCUUUCACCUCCCUACCCUUGGGUUGAAAUUCGAAAACAGGGCCGGUUUUAUACUUUCUUUGAGCAAAGACGAUUUGAGGGCUACAAGCAACGACUCGGGUUUUGGACCGCAAGGCCUCCCAACUGUAUUCACGAACGUGAAAAAGAAGAACCAGUUGAUUGCGAAUUCUUACCAAGAAAUAUGUUUGCUGAGCGUCGGCUUUGCUAGUGUGGCAUCUACUCAACAAUAUGUUCGACCAGAGUUCACAGAUACACUUGCAAUAUCUGCAGGAAGACAUCCAAUAAAAGAACGUCUUGAUUCCGAAUUUCUUGAGUUCACUCCCAACGACACCUUUGCAAGCGAAACUUGUUCAUUUCAAUUGGUCACGGGUCCCAACAUGAGUGGUAAAUCGAUAUUCUUGCGCCAAAUUCCUCUACUCGUCAUCAUGGCUCAAAACGACGACCUAGAAGCUAGUCUUUCAACCUUUGCAUCAGAAAUGAGAACGAUGUCAAGCAUACUUUCGGCCUUGUCAGUUUGUGAAAAUGCUUUGGUUAUUAUCGAUGAACUGGGAAGAGGAACUUCGCCGCUUGAAGGGAUUGGUCUGGCACAUGCAUUCAGCGAAGAUAUUAUCCAGAAGAAGGCUUUCUGUUUCUUUGCCACGCACUUCAGAGGAGUGUAUCCCAAUGUAGUUUUUUUGCACUUGGAGACGCACAUACGCCGACAAGAAAUGGCUCUUGGACUUGAUUUCCAACACCGAGUAUUAGAGUUGAGUGCUCCUUUUAUAAGCUCUCAAGAAUCGGUGAUAAAGGAACCCUGUUCUAAUCACAUUGAACUAGUUCGAAUUGCUCUACUUAAAGGAAUCGAGUUGGCUUCCAUUGCCUCACUGCCCAAAGACGUUGUCAGCAAAGCACGAGAAGUGAUGGGAAUGAUGGUCUCUCUAGACCAGAAAGCUGACCAGGACAGUGAGACUUCUGCCAUCUUGAUGCGACGCAAAGUGAUCUUAGACUUUCCAGAUGUACCUUGGUCAAUCAGAAUUGAAUUGAUUCAUGGCGGCAAAUUGUGA